AUGCCGCUAAUCAUCGUUUGUGGACUGCCUUGUUCUGGAAAAACGAAAAGAACGGAAGAAAUUAGAGAAAUUUUGAAGCCGGAGCUAGAAAAACGCGGCUGGUCCGCGAUUACUACCGUCAAUGAUGAAUUGGCUGGGGUGAAAUAUUCAGACUAUGGCGAUUUCGGAGCAGAAAAAGAAGCACGAGGAAGAAUUCGCAAUCAAGUAGAAAAGUACAUUUCAAAAAGCACGAUCACAAUUGUCGACAGUCCAAAUUACAUCAAGGGUUUCCGCUACGAGCUCUGGUGCAUCGCCCGCGCUGCCAGUACCACUUGCUGUACAGUAGUGCCAGUUGGGAAUCAUCAGCUUUGUCGAGAAAGAAAUGAGGCUAGGGAAAGCGAAAGUUACACGAAGCAACAAUUAGAUGAGCUGAUUAUGAGAUGGGAAGAACCAGACAAAAAUAGAAGAUGGGAGUCGCCUCUUAUCCCACUUUUAGACGAGGAGGAAAUUGAGAAGGAGACGCUUCUAGGGGCCGCUUCAGGCAAAGGGUUGAAAAGUAAUCGAGCGACGACAAAUCCGCCACUGAAGAGCACAGAUUUCCUUCAAGAGACGGAUAAGAAGGUCAAAGAAAUCAUCAAGCAAAUUCUAAGUGCACAGAAAGACGCUGGAGGUUGCGGCGUUACAGUAAAGACUUGUAUCGGAGAAAGUGUGACGCUAGAAGAAGCGAAGACACCCGUUCAACUGGGGCGCGUUCUUAGUGCAGAUAUCUAUGUAACGCAUCCUCGAGGAUCAAACAACAGACUCAAUGGAGAUGGAAGAGCGAGGAAAAAUGCCAAUCGCUUGUUCGACUCGCAGAAUAACAACCGUGGAGGAGUAAAUAAAGGACUUCAGGAACUGGUCUUAUAUAGAGGCCAGACACUGGACAUAUCUUACACUCAGCAACACUCCUGCAACUCUGGAAAUGCUCACUGCGAUACAGUUAUCCAAUACAUGUGCUCGAGAGAACUUCGCGAUGGCAAAAACCCUGGUACCAUUCCUCUGGAAGGCGAUCCACAACCAGAACAUGGAAUGCACGAGAGUCACGCCAACUACGCCUAUUGCAAGGCUCGCGAAAGGAACAAAGGCCUUUUCACCAGCACCCAAAAACUCAAAGGCUCAUCAGCCAAGUACACGAGGCAAAACAACAACGGAAACCGCUACGGCCUUGAAUGUCCAGAAGAACGCGAUUACUAUCCUUACUGGGGUCGCUCCCCCUGGAAAGAUAUCGCCAUUUUAACCGACUAUCAAGAUUGCAGCAAGCUCCUUGCCUCGCUUGAUGAUUAUUCCGGCUAUUGUAAAGUCCGCAAUCAGAAGGAUCUGGAAACACUUGGCGAAAAUGGGCCGAAAUUGCCGCUGACCAAAGAAGGCUGCGAUCAGUUCUCCGCAGUUCCAGUAAAAUGGGAGGCAGAGAAAAACGAUCAAAGGCCUUUCUGCGGCUCGCCAACGCCUAGCCGCGAUAAUUUCCAUGGCGACAAUGGUCCAGGAACACUUUCCAAGUUCCAGUGGCGCAUUCCUGAUGACUUUCCGACGAAUACGCCCUGUACUAUCCGCGUCCGAUACAAUAUUUCCACUGGCGACUAUCCAACGACUCAAGAUUCGUCUUCUUCAAAACUGCGAAUGGGCCCUCUCUAUGGCCUAAAUGGCGGCGAACGAGGCUACGAGCUCCGAGCGAAUCCCCAAGUGCAGAUUUUCAAAGACUUGCCGCUUGUGAAAAAUCAGUUGAACAUCAAUACUGGCCAGUACGGUCGAACUUUCCAAGACAGGACGCAUUCUUUCACCGUUGAAAAACCAUCCGUGGGUAAUGAAAUAGUUGACUUGACUAUCUCGGGCAAGCGUGGAAACUCGCUCGAGGUGUAUCCGAACAUGUACCAGUCUAUUCACCCGAAUGUGCUCAGCGUGCCCAAAUCCGGCCUAAUCAAUCUUCACUGGACGGGAAGCGACAACAACCCACCAAAUAGCGGCAAAGGCGAUAGGAAAACUGACCUUCACGGACUCAAAUCGAGCACGACUUGUUUAACCGAAGAGAGCGCUUAUACAGUUUCUUAUUCAAAUCCAUCUACAUCUCACAAAGUACUAACGGGACUAAAGUCUACUUGCUUCCUCAAAGAUUUUCAAAACGGGGCAAAUGCGAUUCCUGUUGACGCGCUUGUUUACCAAUCGAAAGGGGAUUGUUCUGGAACUGGUCUUCAAGCUGCUGUUCACGGUAUUUGUGAAGAAAUUAGCGAAGAAGUCCUAGAAGAACUAUUUCCAAAUGCGCCCCUGUCUAUGCCCGAAAAAUACUUCAGAGUUAAUCCGAAUACUGUUUUAAAUGGAUCAUCCUUCACUCAAUCCGCUGGUGGGUUUUCAGUUCUUUCUUCAAAUGGAGAAUCCUGGACUCUACUUCACUCUGACGAUAUGAUAGAAGAACAUUCGGGAAUUGUUCGUCUCCGAGAGUCUUCUACCAGCUUACUUUUGGGUCUCACUCUUUCAUUCAUCCUGUUCGGGAUUUUGUUAUUAUCCGCGAUGCUCUUUUACCAGCGUCAUCGAAAAACCCCGUGGGAUCAGGCCUUGCUCUCUCCCAAUAAUGAAUCGUAG